GUGCAAGCCACAGGAAUUCUAUUAUCCUGCACGAAAUCAUCAAAACCAACAGUAACCAACGCUCUCCCAAUGUCGGCCUCAACCUCCCCCCAAAUCCCAAUCCUCGCGAAAACCCUAACUAGGGUUUCUCGUCUUCCCCCAAAUUGUAGCAUCCAAUCCCCUAAAACCCCCAAUUUCCGCAAUAUCCACAGAAUCCCAACGGCAGUUGGGUUCAAUCGACGUCCGCAGGCCCCAUUGGCAGCAGCGUCAAGCUCUCAGCUCUCAGAAUUGGAGGUUUCUACUGCUGCAGAUGUUGUUAAGGAGUUUUAUGAUGGAAUCAAUCGCCGCGAUCUUGCGGCGGUCGAGCGGUUGAUUGGCGAUGAGUGUGUUUAUGAGGAUCUAGUGUUUUCCCAGCCUUUCGUUGGUCGCAAGGCUACUCUUGAAUUCUUCAAGAAGUUCAGUGAAUCCAUCAGCAAGAACCUUCAAUUUGUUAUUGAUGACAUAUCCAGUGACGAUUCAUUGGCUGUGGGUGUUACCUGGCACUUAGAGUGGAAGGGAAGGCCUUUUCCAUUCAGCAAGGGAUGUAGUUUCUACCGUUUGGAGAUACUUGAUGGAAGGAAGCAGAUAAUUUAUGGAAGAGAUUGCGUGGAACCUGCAACUAAACCUGGAGAAACGGCACUGGUCAUAAUUAGAGGAGUGACAUGGAUAUUGGAAAAUUUCCCACAGGUUGCUGAUAGAUUGUGAUGGAUGCUCCCGCCUCUAGACGGAUGUAUCUAAUAUUUUCAUGCAUGAGCAGAGAAAACCACAGAAAUUAUUGAUAGCUUCAUUAAUGUAAAACUUUCUCAUGCUCUGCACACCAUGAUCUUCGUUGACGCAAUGGUAGUUCCCUGUACUAGCUCAAUAUUGCAAUUCCAAAAUGAGAAGGAAUUGUACUACUAUAACAUUAGAAGACAAUGCUUGCGAAAAAUGGGAGCCUUGAGAUAACUUCUGCAAGGCCAUUCACAAGUUGGAGGUCGAAGAGGAAAGUUCUGUGGCUCAAUCAGAUCAAGAAAGCAUCAAGGCCAACUUGUAUAGAAAAUGCGUUGCAUCAUGUUGUUCAGUUUCUGUCUCUUCCUGGUUCUCUAAAUUAUGUACUCAUUAUGUACUCACAGAAUAAUGUCACUGAAACAAAAAAUAAGGAAAUUGUUAUAUAUGUGGUGUAAAAUGUAAAUAAAUGUCCAUAUUAUUUUA